AUGGCCAACUCCUCACCACCACGACCGCGCACGGCCAGGGCCUCUCCUGCGCCGUCGUGGCGCCAGUCUGCGUACCCCAUGUCCGACCCGCCCGAGAUCUCCGACUUCCUGCUCGAGUCGCGCAACUCGCCCGAGGCGCAUCGCCGCAACUACGCCGAGGCCCAGCGAGAACAUGACCGCGUGCUUAAGGCGGCGUUGCAUGUGUUCGAUCUGCACCAGCUGGCAGUGGCCCAGCGUGAGAUCGAGGAUGAGGAGCGGCGGCGGAGGCAGCGCGUCGCCGAAGAGGCCAAGCGUAUCGAGAAGGAACGCCAGGCGAAAAUCAAGCAGCUGGAGGACGAGGCGCGACUUGCUGCACAAAAGGCGGCCCCCAUACCGAAACCCGUGAUCGCAGCACCGCCACCAGCAGCACCACCACCGGCGGCGGCGGCACAGUCGUCAUCACCGCCACUAUCAACCCGACCACCAGCAGCGGCCGCCGAAGAACCGAUUAAGAAGCAACAGGAGCAGGCCCCGGCCGCCCAGCCACCAUCACAGCAACCUCCUGCGAACCCCUUCUCUAGAGGUUCGGCAUCAAAGUUGAACGGAACUGCACCAUCGUCACCGUUUGGUAUGCCGUCUCCGGCUUCGGAGCUGGCAGGCACACCCCGACCUACACAGUCUCCGUCUCCGUCCCCAUUCACCAACGGCACUGCUGCGGCAGCUGCACCGGCUAAGACUGCUCCAGAACCGGCUGCUGCCCCUGCAGCGACCACACCUGACCGGCACAUCGAGGUGCACAAGAACCUCAAGGCUCUGCGCAAGUUUGUUGCACAGCAGUCGAAGACCAAUCCUGCGCUGAAGAGCCGGAUGGGCGAUAUGCGCCGGGACAUUAGGAAGUCCUUUGGCCAGUUGACCAGCGGCGGCCUGCGUGAGAACCGUGUACCCGUUGCCCGCAUCAUCACGACGCUUACGGCAGGUUUGAAGGAAGUGCCGAGCGAGUUGAUGGACCCCAGCCAGUUUGUGCUGGAGCCGCGCACGCAGCCCGUUGAGGGCGCUCUCCAUAACGAACCGCAAUUGCCGUCCCUCUACCUGUACCUGCUCAAUGUGCUGUCCAAGGCUGCCAUUGCACAGUUUAUUAACGAGUCGGGCGCCGACCCGCGCACUGCUGAGGCCAUUGGCCAGGCUGUUGUCAAGGUCUACUCGGAGGCCGAAUUCCUCUGGCGCGGCAAGCCAAUGAUUGAUAUGCUCAUUGCCAAGUACCGCGUCGUUUGCCCGGUGCUCUUUGGCUUCCGCGGCAACGACAAGAUGGAGCGUGGACGGGCCCAGGUCGGCUGGCGCAAGGAGGACGGCCGCUGGAUCCCGGAGCAGUACCACAUUGACCGCAUGACGGGAUUGGGCGCCGGGUUCGCGGCGAUCACACUGCGUGAUUUCUCGCGUGUCAAGCGUGAGAGCCCUUGGCCGCCGACGGUCUACUGGACGGCUCUCGCGCAGAUCGUCAACACGCCGCCCGAGGAAAUGUCUGAGACGCAGUGCUACGUUCUCAAGGCCAUGAUUGCCGACAACGAGUCCAAGUUUUUGGGCUUCUAUGGAAACGCGGGUAUAGCGGCGCUCCGCAGUGCGUUGGUCGACUAUCCGGCACGCAUUCCCAAGGCGUCGGCUGCAAGCGAAACACUCAAGGUGCUGGCAAAGACGAUCAACGUAAAGACGGGAUUGGAUCUCGAGAACAUAUAG